CAAACAAAUCGGUUUCCAAAUUCCACUGAAUUUUCAGUAAUUCAGUUAGAGAAUUUUUAAUUUAUCGAUAGCUAACAGUGAAAUUUCUUUUCAUUUUCCAGUAAUAUGAUGCAACAUCAGUACUGGGUAACAAAAAAGACUGUGCUAAAAAAACUAGGAACCAAAGAAGAUGAGUGUAUUGUUGCGUCCGACGCCGAGCUUGAUGCCAAACUGGAAUUAUUUCGAUCAAUAUCAGACAGCUGCUUACAAUUACAGCGAGUAUUGGACCAAUAUCAGGAGCGAUUGUGUAUUUUGGCUCAAGAAGAAAAUUCAUUAGGAAAGUUUUUGCGAGAUGCAGGAAAAAAUGCGGAUGCAUCCGGUAAACACAUGGUAUCAGCUGGAAAAGCAAUUUCCUAUUCUGGUCAACAGCGCUUAUCGGUGAGGGGACCGCUCUUGAGGCUUUAUCAUGAAGUAGAAACUUUUCGAGGUCGCGCCGUGAGCGAUAUGCGGGCGACUGUGUCAGCUAUGGAAAAAGCCCGAAUUGAAUACCGUGCCGCUCUCAGCUGGAUGAAAUCAACGAGCGCACAGUUAGAUCCCGAUACUGGACGCGGCCUUGACAACUUCCGAAAGGCACAGCGACAAGUACGCGAGAGCAAAAAACUAUUUGAUAAAUUAACUCUGGAUGUGUUGCAAAAAAUUGAUCUCUUAGCUGCGGCCAGAUGUAACAUGUUUUCUCAUGUACUGUCUAACUACCAAGGGUCCUUCAUAACUUUUGCUACAAAAGUAGCACAAACUCUGACAGCAACUGCGGACACAAUGAAUGCCACUCCACAGUAUGAGUUCUCUAUCCUGAAGGAAUUGUCUCAGACACUGGGUGAAGGUGAAAGCAAGCAAGAGGUGACACCUCAGGACAAAGAUCAGAUGUUAUUUUUUCAGGAUGAAUUUAAAGAUGACAAUCCAGAGACCAGUGAGAAACCAAAAACAGACAACGAAAAUGACAAAGAACCGUCCAAUGAGAGAGAUGCAAAGCCCAGUACUUCGGUAAACCUGAUUGAUACAAGCUACUUGGAAUCAGAGUCAUCUAGCGGAAAUGCUGGGAUACUAUCUGAAUUAGCUGGCCUACAGUUAGAUUGCGGUGAUGGACAAGGCGGAGUCGGAACCUUUUUGCCCUCGCAAUUGUUACAAAAUUCGUCCAGCUUGCUCCAAGGACUGAUGACCCCAGUAAGCAGCAACAACAAUCAGACACAAGCGGUGAAAUCAGUACACACUUCAAAGCCAGCACCAAGUUCCGUUGUUCCGAAGAAAGAGGAUAAAGCAGCUUGGUUUAAACUCUUUGCUGAACUGGAUCCACUGGCUAACCCUGACAACCUUCCAGGGUCAAACACAAACCAGAGCCAUGCAGCCUAAUGCAAUGUAGGUAUUUUUCUAGACAAAGAGCUUAGAUUAUGUUAAACACAUUCAUUUUAAAUAACAUAGUGGUCUUCUUUCUGUCGAUGUUACCUAUCUAACUCUUGUGGGCACGGUAACUAAUAGCACUGAGUUGUAACUCACCAAAAACCUAUGUGAAACUGUGUGCAUAUUAAUCAUAUUAUAAACCUUUAUUUUUAUAAUAACCAUUGUGAGACAUACUCAAUUUACAUAAAAACGCGAGUUACUCAUGUUAACAUA